CGCUGGGCGCACCCUCGCCAUUGUCUGCGCGGCGGUCCUUGCCUGCUGCGGGCACCGGCGGGCGGCGCGGCGGCUGUGGCCGCGAUGCUGAAGGGCUGCGCGCCCCCUCAGAGGCGGCAGCGGGCUCCCGCCCUGGGGAGCAGCCACCCCGCCUGCUGAAGACUGAAACUUUGCGUCCCCGCCGCUCCCUCGCCUCCCCCUUCCUCUCUCCCUUCUCCAUGCGCUGAGCGGCCGCGGGGCGCCCGCUCGGCCCCAUGGACGCUUUCUGCGCUGCCAAAGCCAAAAUGGGGGCSAAGAGCGGCGGCGAGGCGGCGGCGGCGGCGGGAGUGGCCGCGCCUCAGCCCGCCGUGCCGGCCCCCAGCCCUGCCGGACCCGGCUCGCCCGCCGCGCUGGAGUCCGCUGCCUACAAGCUGGAGGAUCUGGAGACCCUGGCCACCGUGGGCACAGGUACCUUUGGACGUGUUCAUCUGGUGAAGGAAAAAAUGGGCAAGCGUUACUUYGCAUUGAAAGUGAUGAGCAUUCCUGAUGUUAUUCGACUGAAGCAAGAGCAACAUGUACACAAYGAAAAGUCUGUCUUGAAAGAAGUCAACCACCCGUUUUUGAUCAGAUUAUUUUGGACCAACCACGAUGAACGUUUUUUAUAUAUGUUAAUGGAAUAUGUGCCGGGAGGAGAACUUUUUAGUUACCUCCGCAACAUGGGGCGUUUCAACAACAGCACAGGACUGUUUUACUCUACGGAAAUUAUUUGUGCAAUAGAAUACCUGCACUCCAAAGAAAUAGUUUACAGAGACUUAAAACCUGAAAAUAUAUUACUAGACAAAGAAGGACAUAUCAAGCUUACUGACUUUGGAUUUGCAAAAAAGCUGGUGGACAGAACGUGGACUCUCUGUGGCACUCCUGAGUACCUUGCACCAGAAGUUAUACAAAGUAAAGGCCAUGGAAGAGCUGUGGAUUGGUGGGCUCUAGGAAUUCUUAUAUUUGAGAUGUUGUCAGGGUUUCCUCCAUUUUUUGAUGAUAAUCCAUUUGGUAUAUAUCAGAAGAUUCUUGCUGGCAAAAUAGAUUUCCCAAGGCAUUUGGAUUUAUAUGUAAAAGACCUUAUUAAGAAGCUGCUUGUGGUUGACAGAACAAGACGACUAGGAAAUAUGAAGAAUGGAGCAGAUGAUGUGAAGAGACAUCGAUGGUUCAGGUCUAUAGACUGGGAUGCUGUACCUCAAAGGAGACUAAAGCCUCCCAUAGUGCCCAAAGUAUCCAAUGAUGGGGAUACUUCGAAUUUUGAAGCUUAUCCUGAAGAUGACUGGAACAAGACACCUCCGGUACCUCCUAAAGAUCURGAAAUUUUCAAGAACUUCUGAAAGCAACAGCUACACUGGACAAGAGACUGGAAGUAUAUUGAAGUGCUAAGAGCAAGUCUGAAGAACAAUGGAUUUCAGAUAUAAAUGAAGAUUUUCUUUGUGACUAAGAAUGAUACUGCAUUCAGAUAUGUGUAUUAGUAUAUAGUAAAUGUCUAAAAAGAUGGAGGCAGGCAGGAGUGAUUUUUUGCUGUAAACAUUUGACUUUAGUUURGUAAAUUGUAAUAAUGAUAGUCUGCUCUGAAGUAGACUCACUAAAACGAUAUUUUUAGGAUUUUAUUUUUAACUUAUGGUUAAGUUUCCUGCUAUUCCCAGAUCCUUUUUGCAUAGUUAACUCAUAGACUUAAUUUUAUAAGUUUAUACUAAACUUGUGUAAUUAAAAGCACAAAUUAGUAUAUAUGUAUAUAAAGAAUACAGUACAACUAAAGCACAGGAAUUGUCAAAGAUGUAAAUUUUUGUACUUUGCAGAGUCUAUGAUUUUUAUUUUUCAAAUAAUGUUUUUCAAGAAAUUCUUUAGGAAUAAAAGUCUUWAAAAGGAUAAAUGAGUUUUCAUCAUCUUAUAUACAUUUUAUAAUUCUUUGUAAAAAAUAAAAAUAAUUAUGUUUUAAAAGAGAUUUGUACCUAAAAUUUCCAAUGCCUCACACUUGUAACCAUAGUACUUGAAAGCAGAAAGACAAGGGCAUGUCUUGUUGUUUAAGAUGCAUCUUAAUAGCUAGUUUAUGAAGUUCUGUUACAAUUAUGUCUCUUUGCAAACCAGAAUUUUGAGUGAUUAUACACUGUCUGAAGUGAGAUUGCUCACAUGAAAACUCUCUGUAAACACGCAAGUCARUGCAUACUGAUAAAAGGGCUUUAACUGGCUCUGACAAGAGUUGUUCCUUCUCAAGCUUGUUGUCUUCUCCACAUGUAAAGCAUGAGCCAUAACAGGCCUUUUUCAUUAGUGAAAUAGUUGUUAUUGAAUGCUGGGCUCUUCAGAAUAUCGGAAGGAAGACCACAUUAAUAGUACAGCCUUAUUUUUCCGCUCCUGCUUUUUUGAAAAUGUCCUAGUCCCUGCUGCCAGGAAUUUCAUGUGUACAAGAGUUCAAACCUUAGAUGCACAGAGUCUGUUUUUUCAUCCUGUACUAACAUCUUUCUAGCAGCUUGAGCACACURUUUUGGAAAUACUGCUUCAUUUUGAGUGGCACUAAAUAUCAGUAUGUGCACAUGUAUGCAUCUAUGUAUAUGAAUGCACAGAAACAUGAA